CCAAUCUCACAGAAUCGCUCAGUUAACCAGUGCGCUGGCAAGACGCGCUCAGAUAUACUGAGCGAGGCCGGAGAAGCAGUCUCAGAUCCUGACGGUGCAGCAGCCCGCAGCCUCAGCCAGGGAGUCCCAGCCGCUUUCAAUGGAGGAGAAGCCCGGCCAGCCACAGCCUCAGCACCAUCACAGCCACCACCAUCCACACCAUCACUCUCAGCAGCAGCAGCAGCAGUCGCACCAUCACCACCAUUAUUAUUUCUACAACCAUACCCACAACCACCACCACCACCAUCAUCACCAGCAGCCUCACCAAUACCUGCAGCAUGGAGCCGAGGGCAGCCCCAAGGCCCAGCCAAAGCCGCUGAAACAUGAGCAGAAACACACCCUCCAGCAGCACCAGGAAACGCCGAAGAAGAAAACAGGCUAUGGUGAAAUAAAUGGUAAUGCUGGAGAAAGAGAAAUAUCUUUAAAGAACUUGGGUUCUGAUGAAGCUACCAACCCUAUUUCCAGGGUCCUUAAUGGCAACCAGCAAGUUGUAGAUAAUAGUCUGAAGCAGACUGUGAAGGCUGGCACCUUUGGGAAGACAGGAAUUAAAACCAAGAAUUUCAUUCAGAAAAACAGUAUGGACAAAAAGAAUGGAAAGUCUUAUGAAAAAUCUGGAGAAAACCAGUCUGUAGAUAAAACCGAUACUGUAGCAAUUCCAAAUGGUGUUGUAACAAAUAAUUCAGGCUAUAUUACUAAUGGUUAUAUGAGCAAGGGCACAGAUAAUGAUGGUAGUGGAUCAGAAAGUGGAUAUACUACCCCUAAAAAAAGGAAAGCUAGGCGCAAUAGUGCUAAGGGUUGUGAAAACCUUAAUUUAGUCCAGGAUAAAAUAAUGCAACAAGAGACUAGUGUCCCACCCUUAAAACAGGGACUUGAAAGUUUCAAGCCUGAUUAUAGUGAGAAAAAGGGAAAUCGAGUAGAUGGUUCAAAGCCCAUUUGGAAGUAUGAAACUGGACCUGGAGGAACAACUCGAGGAAAACCUGCUAUGGGUGAUGUGCUUCGUAAAAGCUCAGAUAUUAAGUCUGGUGUGAACAGCAAGAAGUUUGAUGAUCGGCCCAAAGGAAAGCAUGCCUCAGCUGUUGCCUCCAAAGAGGACUCGUGGACCCUAUUUAAACCACCUCCCGUUUUUCCAGUGGACAAUAGCAGUGCUAAAAUAGUUCCUAAAAUAAGUUAUGCAAGCAAAGUUAAGGAAAACCUCAACAAAACUAUACAGAACUCUACUGUGUCACCAUCUUCAUCUUCAUCCUCUUCAUCUUCUGCUGGGGAAACUCAGACCCAGUCUUCAAGUCGAUUAUCCCAGGUUCCUAUGUCAGCGCUGAAAUCUGUUACUUCUGCCAGCUUUUCUAAUGGGCCUGUUUUAGCAGGGACUGAUGCAAGUGUGUAUCCUCCAGGGGGUCAGCCACUGCUAACUACUGCUGCUAAUACGCUAACACCCAUCUCUUCUGGAACUGAUUCAGUUCUACAGGACAUGAGUCUAACUUCAGCAGCUGUUGAACAAAUUAAAUCUAGCCUUUUUAUCUACCCUUCCAAUAUGCAAAGUGUGCUGUUGAGUACAGCACAAGUGGAUCUGCCCCCUCAGACAGAUCAGCAAAACCUGGGGGAUAUCUUCCAGAAUCAGUGGGGUUUAUCGUUUAUAAAUGAGCCCAGUGCUGGCCCUGAGACUGUUACUGGGAAAUCAUCAGAUCAUAAAGUGAUGGAGGUGACAUUUCAAGGAGAAUAUCCUGCCACUUUGGUUUCACAGGGUGCUGAAAUAAUCCCCUCAGGAACUGAGCAUCCUGUGUUUCCCAAGGCUUACGAGUUGGAGAAACGGACUAGUCCUCAAGUUCUGGGUAGCAUUCUAAAACCUGGGACUACUAGUGAGAGUGGAGCCUUAUCCUUGGAACCCAGUCAUAUAGGUGACCUGCAAAAAGCAGACACCAGUAGUCAAGGUGCUUUAGUGUUUCUCUCAAAGGACUAUGAGAUAGAAAAUCAAAAUCCUCUGGCAUCUCCUACGAACACUUUGUUAGGCUCCGCCAAAGAACAGAGAUACCAGAGAGGCCUAGAAAGGAGUGAUAGCUGGGGUUCUUUUGACCCGAGGGCUGCUAUUGUAUAUCACACUAAAGAAAUGGAAUCUAUUUGGAAUUUGCAGAAGCAAGAUCCCAAAAGGAUAAUCACUUACAAUGAAGCCAUGGAUAGUCCAGAUCAAUGAAGGACCAGACUGCCUAUUGAUAACUUUUCUGCAGCAUUAGAGCCACCGUUCAUGAGGGACACAAGGCUUUUAUGCUCCUAGAUCUUCAAUGCAGCAGAGGAACCAUAAGUAGAAUCACAGGAUAAUAUAU